GUAAGGCUUGGAAAAUUGUGCUGACGUCAGCAAAGUCUCCUAAAAGUACCAAAAUUUUUUAUUAGAAAUUUGUAUAUCUGUUGCCUUCAUCGUAUAGACAUUGAAACGCUGAUCAAGAAAAUCAUGUACUUUUGAAAAACGGUUGCAGAGAUAUUGGGGUUUAAAAGUUUUUUGAUGACGUCAUCAACCCGUCCAUUCCGAAACGGAUUGGGGAACCAGGUUUUGGAAAAUUACCCAAAUUGGUCCUAGGUGCUCCCUAGUUACCUAUGCGGUGAAAAAUCAUUGACGUCACCACCUCGUUUCCAAAUUAUUUGACCUCUAAGUUUUAGGUGCACUGCAAUGGCUUCAUUAAUUUAAUAUAGGAUAUUGACGUUAAAGUUGUGUUAUUGACAUUGCGCCGUAACGUCAGAAAAUUUAACAUAUUAGACAUAAGUUUUUUGGCGACAUCAAAGGAAAAUGACAAUAUCCACUUUGCCUGUUACAAACAGACACAGUCUCUGUAUUAUUAUAAGAGAUUUACAUGAACAUUGAUAUUUAGUUAUUAUGAUUACAUUUAUUACUAUGUUUUGUUAGUAUUAUAAUGAGAUAUGGAAGAAGAAGAUGAAGAAAACCGAAAAUCUUUAAAACAAAAUCAUAUUGUUUCAGUUGGUGUUGCCAAUGAAAAUAGAAACAUUUGCAGCUAUGGGAUUUCAAUCAAUACAUCAGACAUUCAAUCAGUUAAUCUAGAACAACAAGAUGAAGAACUCCAGUUACUUGAUGUUGAUGUUUAUGAACAGGAAAAGUUUGAAAAGGGAGUGUUUCAUCAAGUCAACUCAGUCUUAUCAAAUGCAGAAAAACGUUUCAAACAGAAUAUUCUACAAAAAGAAAUUAUUCAAAUCAAAAAUGAAAUUAAAAUUGUAACAGGAGAAAAAGAUGAUAUCAAUAAAGUAUUUUUGUCUGCAAAGGAUGGUGGUUCAACAAAUACAGUUUCAUUUUCCCUAUUGCAACAAAUACAAAGCAAGGAGGCGUUGAUAAAACGCUUAGAAACGAAAUUAUUGGAUACCCAGCAGAGAUUGUCAAAGUUGGACAAAAAUGAAGAUAAUAAAGCUAAACAGGAUUAUGCGCAUGAUGAAUCUGUUAGACUUGGUGAAAUUACUCCAUUUGAAGCCCUUGGUAUGAAAAAAAAUGCAAGAAGUGAAAAACCAGAGAAUGAAACCAACAAAGUGGAGAGUAAUGAUGAUGAAUCAAGUGAGAUAAUACAGAAGAAAGAAUCAUUGAAGGAAAAUAUUACCAAGCUGUCUGAUGAAGAUGAUGAGUAUAUUCCUGAUUAUCAUGAUGUUAGCAGUGAUGAUGAAUUGGUUGACAUGCCAGAAAAAGCUGUUAAAAAGGAAAAACUUAACCAAAAAAAGCUUAAAGAUUAUAUGCAAAAAACUAUUGAUGAUGGUGAUUUUAAAUCCUUCAGAGAAAGAAUGAGAAAGCUUCAUGUGAAGAAUACAUUAAGAAAUGCAUGUAAAGCAGGGGAAGUAAUGGAAGAGUAUGACCCUGGGGAUUUUUCUGACAAUGAAGAGAGUGAUGAUGAAGUCGCUGUGGAAGAUGAUUUUGUUCUGCCAAAAAAGACAUGGAAUAAGUUGUACCGAUAUCAACGUGUUGGGGUACGAUGGCUUUGGCAGUUGCACAAUCAACAGGCUGGAGGUAUUGUUGGAGAUGAAAUGGGUCUUGGAAAAACGAUUCAAAUUAUUUCUUUUCUUGCUGGAUUAGAUUACUCAAAGAAAAAAGCGACCACUGUAAACAGAAAUCUUGGACUAGGACCCGUGCUCAUUGUUUGCCCUGCUACUGUUAUGAAGCAGUGGGUUGCUGAAUUUCAUAAGUGGUGGCCAAAGUUUCGCGUUGGGAUUUUGCAUGAUUCAGGCUCAUUUUCAGGAAGAAAGGCUACGUUGAUAAAAGCUAUUAAUAACCAUCCUGGAGUACUCAUAACAACUUAUGCUGGAGUUCGAAUCAACAAAAAAGAACUGUACCGCUAUCACUGGCAAUACGUCAUAUUAGAUGAAGGUCAUAAAAUCCGAAAUCCAGAUUCAGAUGUGACUCUUGCUUGCAAACAGUUUGAUACUCCUCAUCGAAUAAUCCUGACUGGAACUCCAAUGCAGAACAGUCUAAAAGAAUUGUGGUCAUUGUUUGAUUUUGCGUAUCCUGGACGACUUGGUACACUACCUGUCUUUAUGACAGAAUUUUCUGUACCAAUAACAAUGGGUGGGUAUGCAAAUGCUUCUUCUGUCCAGGUACAAACAGCUUAUAAAUGUUCCUGUGUUUUGAGAGACACUGUGAGUCCAUAUAUGCUCCGACGACUGAAAAAAGAUGUUAAAAAAAGUUUGGAACUUCCAACAAAGAACGAACAGGUUUUAUUCUGCAAAUUAACAGACGAGCAGAAGGAAUUGUAUAAAGAAUAUAUUAAUUCAAAAGAUGUUGUAGCUAUGCUUGCUGGAAAUAUGAAGGUUUUUCCUGGUUUAAUCAAGUUACGGAAGAUUUGCAACCAUCCUGAUUUAGUUUAUUUACAUGAACAAAACGCGAGUAACGCCCUGCGUGUCUUUGAUGGUGGAUAUGGAAAUUGGAAACGUUCUGGUAAAAUGGUGGUAGUGGAAAGUCUCUUACGAAUUUGGAACGAAAAGGGCCAUCAUGUGUUAUUGUUUUCCCAGUCAAAACAGAUGCUCAAUAUUUUGGAAGAAUUUCUGAAGACAUUUGGUUACACUUACUUAAGAAUGGACGGUACAACGAAUGUGGGAAGUCGACAAACUCUUGUGAAGAAAUUUAACGAGGAUAAAAGUAUUUUUGUUUUUCUGUUGACAACUCGUGUUGGAGGACUGGGUUUAAAUUUAAUUGGAGCUGAUCGUGUCAUCAUUUAUGAUCCUGACUGGAAUCCCAGCACAGAUACUCAGGCGCGAGAACGAUCUUGGAGGAUUGGGCAAGAGCGUCACGUAACGAUAUAUCGAUUGAUGACCACAGGCACCAUAGAAGAAAAAAUUUAUCACAGACAAAUCUUUAAACAGUUUCUCACAAAUCGCGUGUUAACAAAUCCAUUACAGCGACGCUUCUUCAAAUCGAACGAUCUUUACGAACUGUUCGCACUGGGCGACAUAGGUCCUAUGCAGAGCACAGAAACAGGUGCCAUAUUUGCAGGGACAGGAUCUGAGAUUAGAAUGCGAAGAAAAGGAAAACAUUCUAAAAACUCAGAUAAGCAAGAAACAUUAGCAAAAAAAAUGAAAACAAGUAAGGAAUAUAAUGUGGAGGUGAAUGUCAGUAAAAGUGCUGAAAAGAUGUUUGACCAGGGUGUGUCAUGUCCGUCUUUAAAUACGCAGCAACGUUCUAGUGAAACCAAAAGAGAAGUAUCAUUCGAGACACCAUUGCAGCCUGGUAGAAGUAUGGAAAAGAGUUUCCCUGCGAAAUCAAAUAAGAAAGGAAAGGAGAAGAAGAAGAAGAAGAAGAAGAAGAAGGUAGCUGUUGACGGUGUUCAAAUAGAUGAUGUUGAGAAGUCGGAAGCCUAUCGUUGUUCUGACGAUGAAGAGCAAGAAAGCAAGGAGAAGAUUCAAAACGAGAAAGACGUGUUAAUGAGUUUGUUUCGAUCUUCUGGUUUACACAGUGCGUUAAAGCACGAUCGUAUCGAACAAGCGGGAAACCCGGACUAUGUUCUUGUUGAGAAGGAAGCAGAGAAAGUUGCCAAGCAAGCUGUCAAUGCAUUGCGUCAGUCUAGAGCUGAAUGUAGAAAUAAUGGGCUUUCUGUGCCAACUUGGACUGGACAUGCUAAAACAGUGGCUAAUUCUAGUAUUACUAAAAAACUUCGCUUUGGUAAAAAAUCGAAUAAAAACGUCGAAACUGCUGCCGUGAAACGCAGUGUGUCAACGAAUGAAGAUUUAGACUUAGAGAGUGAAACCAUAGAUGUAUCUUCGAGUGCAUUGUUAGCACGGAUGAGAACUCGAAAUAUGUUUGGAACAAGUUCAUCCUCGUCACAAGUCACUAGCGAAGGCUCAUCUUCAAAGGAAGUGACUCUGUUGAAAGACAUUCAAGAGUUCAUUCUACAACAGACGGACGGCACUGCCACGACAAAUGAGAUGACGUCAUUUUUCGCGACCCGUAUAGAGAAAACGCAGAACGCUUUGUUCAAGCAAUUACUCAAGCAAAUAUGCGAUUUCCAUCGACGCAAUGACGGGGUGGGAAAUUGGAAAUUGAAAGAAGAAUUUAAAUAAGAUAGAUGUUUUUUGUAAAUAAAUAGUUUGAAAAAGAAAUCCUAGGCUAUGACUAAUUA